AUGACGGAUGCCCUGAUUAACCCGAAGGAGUUCCAGGAACUCAUUGGUGUCCUCAUGAAGGAAAAGUAUGCCCAUGAGCAAUGCGUCGCAGACAGGGACUUGAGCCGGCAUCGCCAGCGCACGGAGAGAAGCCGCUCCGCAUCACAAACGCCAGACAAGCGCCGGUCUUUCAGCAACGCCAGCCUUGGCAGUCGCGCUGCCAAUCGGCGUAACGGCAGCGUGAGGUUGAGCCGCCGGCCACCGUGCGUCCCGCCAAGCGGGGGAACUCCCAACGCGGCCGCGGAGGCUUCCCCGCGGAGUGGACCCAACAAUAGCCAUGCCUCCUCCGAUGUCCCUUCGCAGCACGGCGGUCCCAGUAAUGCCUCCAACAAGGAAAGGGCGGAACCUGUCAAGGUGCGUGUACCGGAGUCCUUUGCACCUCAACUGCUGUCUAAUGAUUCUCAUCCGAGCACGGAAUCAGCUACGGAGCAGCCUAAACCGUCGUUCUUACAGGGCGAGGAAGGAAAGGUGGGCCCGGGGGCGCCUCUCGUUGAGAGUUCUCAGAAGCGACGCAACAUCAUCCAAAGCCCCUCACCUGAUCACGAUGACACCCUUCCAGUAACAAGGUGUGUUGGAAAGCACGAACCACAACUCUUGCAAUCCCCUCGUCCAUUGGAGGAAGCUUCACGAUGUGCAUUGCUUGAAGCCAAACUGCGAGACAUGCAAGAGACUGUGAACAAGCUCACAUGUGACAUUAUGCUUCUUGCGGUCAAGCAGGCAAACAGUGACGGUAUGGUGCAAGCAGAGGAUUCCGCGUCGCAGAUUCCUGGUAAUUUGAAGGAGUUGGGUGCUUCGACAGAGGAAAAAUUCCUUACUGUCGUUAUUGCGCUAGCCAAACGGGUACGUCGCCUGGAAGAAAAAUUGGAGGCAUCAAUGCAGCAAGUACGGGUGUUGGAAGCCGCCGCCAUUGAACGGGAUAUGAAGUUAAACCGUACCAAGGUGGGACGUGAUGAACUGGAAGGUGUCGUCAAGGCGUUGUCAAACACGUGCGUGGAUCUUCCAAAUGGACUCAAGAAUUUGUAUCGAAUUUGGGGAUUGGACCAAAGGCGUGUGCAACACGCCCUUGAAUCAUCUAAUCCAGCUUCUUGUGUGGACCUUCUUUUGGGUACACCACCGUUUACUCGCGUUUUACGUCUUAUGAUGGACAAAAACGCCGAGAUACUGAGCGCGCUGCAUGGUCAACAAGCUCACAGCCUUGCAGCGGAAGGCCAUGCCUACGAUGACUCUAAAAUGCCCCCCAGCCGCCACGAUGGCGAUUUUUUGACGGCAGUACAAAAUAAUCCCAUACCUCUCCAUGAGCAGUUGCUGGGGAUAUACUUGACGGAUGAAGAGGGCUUGCAAGGGGUACGAGUGAUAUCUGUCCCUGUUGCCUCCCCGGCAGCGCGGGCUUUGAGGAAUGGGGACGUGAUUGUUCAGGUCAACCAUGUCACAGUACAUUCUGUGGCCGACGUGUCGUAUGUGCUUUCCCGCGCGCGCCCCUCCGCCCCCGUCGCGUUGUCAAUUCUGAUGCACAACAAGCCUUAUGCGAAGGUGGUGGAAGUCCUGCCGGUGGAGCUUUUCUGA